CACCAUCAAAGCCGGCGCCUGCCGCUCCCCUCCGCGAGGGCGAAGACAUCGUCGUCACUCCUCAGUCUCAAACAAACAAUUGCUGCUCCUCAGUUGCACAUUCACUCAACAUUGAUCACAGCUCUCCACACAUACCGCACCAAACGCACGUAGUCAUGGGCAGCGUCUCAACCACCCCUAGCGACGUGCCCGCGCUGGUCAUGGGAGGGGCCGGCUUUAGUUACCAGCUGCACCCAGAGCCUCAGUCCCUGCCCAUCGUCGACAUCCUCCUGCGCGCUUUCGAGCUCGGCGUGUGCACUAUUGACACGUCCCCUUACUACGAGCCCUCGGAGCAGCUCAUGGGCGCCGCACUCUCCCAGGCCCCAAUCACCUCCAAAUACGCGCGUCAGGACUACCAGCUCAUGACCAAAGUCGGUCGCAUCGCCGAGAAUGAGUUCAAUUACUCUCCGGAAUGGAUCCGCACGUCGGUCUCGCGGUCUCUGGAGCGCUUCCGGACCUCGUAUCUUGACGUCGUCUUCUGCCACGAUGUCGAGUAUGUCUCGACGGACGAGGCCGUCACCGCCGUCGGCGUGCUGUUUGAUUUCCAGCGCCAGGGCACCAUACACCGUGUCGGCAUAUCCGGAUACGACAUGCAGGUCCUCGCAGACAUCGCAAAGCUGGCGCGAGAGCGUUAUGGAAAGCCUGUAGAUGUCAUUCAAACCUGGGCUCAAUUGACGCUGCAGAACACGCAGGCCGAAUCCAGGGGCUUCGACGCAUUCCGUGCCGCUGGCGUCAACUCGGUCUUCUGCUCAAGUCCCUUGGCGGUUGGGCUGCUCAGGACUGGAGGGAUCCCCGUGGGGCUCACGGGCGACUGGCACCCUGCGCCAAAAGGUCUGCGGGCCGCGGCUGCAGAGGCAGGCAGGUGGGCAGAGGAGCAUGGCGAUGGCGAGGCAUUCUCGUCGUUCGCACUACAAUACGCGGUCGGCAAGGCAAGACAGAACUGCUCGCCCUCAUUCACAGUCUCCACAAUCACUGGCAUCAGCACGAUAUCCGAGCUUGAGCAAAACGUUUCUGCUGCCAAGAAGAUUCUGCGGCCUGCAGCGGAUUCUGGGGAACCCACAUCGUUGCUGCAAUAUUGCGACAUUGACGAGAGCGCGUGGAAGAAGAACGAGCCGAUAUUCGACGGCAUAAGAGCAACCCUUGGCGACUGGAUUGAUUACGAUUUUACAACCAAGACGGGGACGAAAUGAGAGGGGGGGCUUAAUAGAUAGGCCAAAUGUGAUGUUUCUCAAACAAACAAGACACGGGAGCGGUGCUGGACAUCUCGCAAUGUCAUGAGUGAAAAAUUGAA